AUGGACGCCGCAGGAGCCGUGCUGGCUACAGCGCACGAGAUAUACACCCGAGCGAACGACACAUCCUCCGACUCGUCCUCCACCACCGAGCGACCAGCCUCCUAUAAAGUCAUCGGCAUAUGUCUUGCCAUCGGUUCAGGCCUGUUCAUCGGGUCCUCAUUCGUCCUCAAGAAGGUAGGCCUGCUCAAGGCCAAUGAGAAGUACAAUGAGGCUGCCGGCGAAGGCUAUGGCUACCUCAAGAACGCCUUCUGGUGGACGGGCAUGACCCUGAUGAUUCUGGGCGAGAUCCUCAACUUUGUCGCCUAUGCCUUUACCGACGCCAUCCUCGUCACCCCGCUCGGCGCCCUGUCCGUCGUCAUCUGCACCAUACUCUCUGCCAUCUUCCUCAAGGAGCGCCUGAGCAUGGUUGGGAAGGUUGCCUGCUUCCUGUGUAUCGUGGGCUCCGUCGUCAUCGUCAUGAACGCUCCCGAGGAGUCGUCUGUUGCAGAUAUCCAGGAGAUGCAGCACUAUGUCAUUCAGCCUGGCUUUCUGUCCUACGCCGGCGUCAUCAUCGUUGGAGCUGCCGUGACUGCUUUCUGGGCUGGUCCCAAGUACGGCAAGAAGAACAUGCUGGUGUACAUUUCGAUAUGCAGCUGGGUCGGAGGGCUGAGCGUGGUAGCCACCCAGGGACUGGGCUCUGCGAUUGUCGCUCAGGCAGGAGGAGAGUCACAAUUCACCCACUGGUUCCUCUACGUGCUCUUGGUGUUUGUCGUCGGCACGCUCUUGACCGAGAUCAUCUUCCUCAACAAAGCACUGAAUAUCUUUAACGCGGCCAUGGUCACACCUACAUACUAUGUCUACUUCACCAGUACGACCAUCAUCACCUCGGCGGUCCUCUUCCAGGGAUUCAAGGGCACCGUCACUUCCAUUGUGACGGUUGUGCUGGGAUUCCUGGUGAUCUGCUCGGGCGUCGUCCUGCUGCAGCUCUCCAAGUCGGCCAAGGACGUACCCGACUCUGCUGUGUUCGCUGGCGACCUCAACCAGAUCCACACCAUCGCCGAGCAAGAGCAGCCCGAGACAGAGCCCAAGGCCGACGCGAUCCGCGGUGCCGCGGCUCUGGUUCGCCGGUUCUCGACGGCACGCGAAAAGAUGGAGGUGGAGGAGCUCAAGAGGCUGCGCCUGGAGAAGGAGGCGGAGCGGCUCGAGGCCGUCAGCGAGGAGGGCGUGCCACAGUUUGAAUGGGACGGCCUGCGCCGCCGCAGGACCACUCUGGGUAGCCACCGCAGCAGGUCCACGUCGACGCCCGUCCACGCUGCCACUUUCUCGACUCCACAGCAUACCGGCACCAUGGGCAGCCCGCAUCCGCCGCUGGGCAUGUCGCGCUUCCCGACGGACGAGGAGCUCGCCGAGCACGACGACGACAGGCCCUUCUCUGCUGGUCUGUCCAGUGUCAUCGGCACCAUCCGCUCGCGCGCUACGAGCGUGCUGCCGGGCCACCCUGACUUUAGAUCGGGCAGCGUCGACACGACGGCGAGCGCACAGGGCUUCGGUUUCGGCGCGGGCAAAAAUAGCAAGGCGCAGAGCCCCAUGCACCCGGUGCAGCUCACCGACAUUGCCAUGCCGGCGCAGCACACUGGGGCCAGCAACCUGAGCCUGGGCAGCAGCAACUAUGGCAUCUCGGCCGCCCACACCGAGUAUGACCCGGGGGCGGCAGAGAGACACAUUCAGUUCGGUGGAGAGACACGCCACACACCGGGUAGUCUGGCAGCGCCCACGCCACCACCACACGGAACGCCAGGACGCGUGUCGGCGAGACGGCAGUUCUCGUUCCAGAAUGUGUUCAAGAGGAACCGAGACCAGCAGCAGCAUGACGAGGCGGAUGACCGGCCGACGUCGUCUAAGAGCAACAGGCCCUUCUCGAGCAGAGGAUACUCUGCCCCGCACGUAAAGACGGCGACUGAAGAGGAACGCCUUGGUCUCGUGCACGGUGGCGACAAUGCAUCUAGCUCCAGGAGAUCCCCUCCAUCCUACGAGGAGGAUGAUGAUGACACUGGCAGCCCUGAC